GAAAUAUUUAAAAUAAUAGCUUUAACAGCGCUUCGUACUAAAUUAUCAGGAUAAUUAAUAAAUUUUUGAGCUUACCAUAGUAAUGGGAAGGAGGGAUACCGUUAGUUAAAAUAGAGAAAAAUGUUUUCCCUGUUAAUUCUUAUGGCAAUAAUUUUUAAAAAAUUAAGAUAAUAGUCAACCAUUUCUUAGUUAUUGAAAUCAUAUGAAUAAUUAAUGAAAUCAUUAAGAAUUGGGUUACUGAGUACAUAAUUGAUAUUUAGUGUGUUUUUAAGAUUGGAUCUAAAAAUUAUUUGAUAUAAUUACAUGAUGAAAGAAAUUUUAGAAAUUAUGAAUAGGUCAAGUUUGGGUGAUGUGUUAGCAAGUUUGGAAUGAAAUAAAGCAAGGAUAUUAUUUUCAG